GCCAGCGAUUUUCAUCAGUCGCAACGCGUCUCUCGUUCUCAGCGGAGCUCAGGCCUUCGAAGAAGAAAAGCGGAAAACCUCAAGCGAAAAUCGGAAAAGUUUGAAAAUAGCGCAGUGCAAGUGUGCAUAUCUAGUAAAGCGCUGGCCGGUGUCGAACAAAAUCCACUUCGAUGUCGAUUAAUUCGCCAAUAUCGUUGAAAAACUCGGACCUGCAUUGAACAGGCAAAAGCGAUUAGUCCCCAGUACUAAACAAUAAAACAGCACAACACACAAAUUGUUUAAAUAAUCAAAGCGAGCAGAGAAAGACAAAGCCACGGCAAAGAAGUGCAGACAACAAGUUGUUUGCUUUUAGUUCGCGUUCUCCUUAUUUUAUUUUCCUUCCGUUCGCUUUUCCACGCACGCGCGUCGCGGAAAAGCCAAAUUGAAAACAUCAACAGUUGAAAGGCAACUGUUGCACUCUACCAACCGAAACGAAGCCAAUUUAAGCCAUACUUUUCAAAGUGGUAACACGCCAAAGCCGUCGAGCAUACAGAGAUUUGUGUGAAAUAAAGCGAACCAAAACCGAGAUCUUAACAGGAACACAAGGAUUUCGUCAAUAGGGCUUAGGCCAUUGUAUGGAUCAGUCUAAACCAACGACGAAAUUUGGAGACGAGCCGGACCUCCUGUUCAAGCGAGCGCAGGGCCGGAUUAGUCUGAUCAGUGCUGGAGCUGGAGCCGCCCAGGCUGGCCAAGCUGCCCACCAACCAUCACUGCAUCACUUAAGCCAACAACAGUUCGCCAACAUUCAACUAGACGCCACACUCAAUGAUUGCGAAAGUGGCUAUGUGCCCACCGUGGGCCGCUGGGGCUCCGAAUGGCCGAUGGCCUCUCCGGAUGAGGAUGAGGAGGCCACUGCCGCCGCCGCUGCCCAGGAUCCGUUGCUCCCGGCGGAUCAGCAGCUGGCGGAUGCGGUGGUGCGCGGAAUGGGAUUGGGAUUGACUACGACGCGAUCUGAUUUAUCCGCAACUGAGCACCCAACUGCACAUGGCACUGGCGCCAUCCGUCGCACACCCUCCACCUCCAGCGAGGAGGAGGAGGAGGAGGAGGACCUCGAGGACCAUGAGCUGGUGCCUUCGCCCGAUCUGACAUCGGUGGAUAGAUCGGAGCGUUACUCCGACAUCAGGCAGCUGCUGGCCAGACAGCAGCCCGUCGCAGCUGCGCUGGAGUGCAUCUCCGGCGCCCAAUUGAUAGUGGACGACGGCUACGACCUGGAGGCCUUCAACCAGGUGAACGGAGUGUGGCCCCUGGGUCAUCCGCUGCCGCUGCCCGACUGGUCGAGCUCGGAGUCCGCUGGCAAGGGCACCCUGAUCUUCGACAACGUCUGGCAGUAUGAGGAGCUGAACGGUAUAGUGGAGACCACGCUGCAGCGAAUGCUGGAGGAGACGCACUACAACACGGUCAACCUCUUCGUCGACUUCUAUCGCAGCUUUAAGCGCACCCGACGCUCUGAUCUGCGCAGCUUCUUCCAGUUCUAUGAUGUGCCCAUCAACAGGCGCCAUCACAUGUGCGUCUCUCUGGCCUUUGAGAUCAUGGCCAGGAUGGUGGAGAUGUUCCCGGUGCUGGCCAACUACCUGUACGUGGUGUCCUGCGAGGAGCAGGUGAUGGACUGCAACGACUACGUCCAGCUGGACGAGGAGUGCGGCCUGAAUUCGGUGGACGCGGGUGUGGAGAAGGAGCACGUCAUGGUGGCCAUGCGCAUUGCCAUCGGCGAGCGACGUGGUGUGAUGAUCCUGGACCCGGGCUACCAUGUCAGCAGGGCGGUGACUGUUAUGCAGGAUCAAAGCUAUCCGCAUACUGGCUGGUUCACCCAAUCCAAGGAGCCGCAUCUGCAGCGUGAUUAUUGCUAUGCUUACAGUCAGCAGAAUGGCAAGUUCGUGGAGUGGAAGGAGCGCGAGAUUCGCGGCGAGGAUACCAGCUACAAGACAUCGCUGAUCUACGUGGCCCAGGAGUACAUCACGGCCAUCGAUGUGACCGUGCGCCGCAAUCUGGUGUACAACUUCCGGUCGCUGCUCUCCCGAGACGCCAAGGGCCAGGUCUAUGCGGGCAUCUACUUCCCCUUGGUGGCCAAUGGCCAGGAGGCCUACCUCACCAUCUUCUACGACGGACCCAAUGAGCAGCGAGUGCGCACCAAGCUGAUGUUCAGCGCGUUUAAAGUGGGCAAGGGAAAGCUACCGGACUAUGUGGGUCAACAUCUCAGCAGGCUGGCGCCGCAGUUGAAGAUGCCGCUGCCGGAGUUGACCGAACUGUGCAAAUCCCUGGCCGAGGUGGUCACCGACCAGAGCUUCAUUAGCCAGGUGCUGGCCAUAAACGAUGACAUCGGCAACAUGUCCGUGGAGAAUUGACAGUUAAAGGAGCCUAAGGAUGUCGCUGCUACGGAAACGGAAACGAAGAUGGAGAAACAGGCGAUAAAAGACACUGACAACGCAGCUGCAACUUAGAGUUCCGAACCGUUGACCCUUUUGAAUAUUUUUUUCCUUUCCACAGUAAUAUUCUUAUUUAGUAGCUAAUAGGCACCUCUUACACCAGCACACACGAUUCAAGUAUAUAUUCAAUUUAGUCUAGUAUAUAUUUCAAAAUAUGUAUUCACCUAUACACAAGACAACACGCUCUAUAUGGUAAUCCCAACUGAAUGAUUUAAUCGAAAGCGAAACAAAAUUUUAUUACAAAUAUUUAAAGGAAAAGCGCAAAGCCUAGACUUCAAAGUUUCGCUUAGGUUCUCUUAAUUUCCAACUAAGUAUAUACUUAUGCGCAACUAUAUAAAGGCAAAAUUAGUUAUAACUGGUAUCAAGGCAAAACAUAAAUUGUAAUUGUUGUACGAACAUAUUUCCGUUUAAACACUUAAAUGCACUGUACUAUUUCGGUUCAAUAAAUAAAUCAGCUAGCAAAAAA